AUGUCUGAUAACACGGGUGAUGCUUGGUACCACUUGAUUCACUGGAAUGAACUUCCUCAUUGGCAGCGAGAUAAUCAUCAUAUACAUGGAAGCUACCGGCAAGCAUCCUAUAGCUAUGUCAGGUCUUUGCAAAGUAUAUUGCAUUGGCACAACGAGAGUGUCAACAUCUGGACCCAUUUGGUCCCGGCAUCUUUGAGCCUGCCGGGUGGCGCUCUCCUUUACAAAAUCCUCAAGCCACGAUACGAACAAGCCUCCUCAGCCGACGUAAUAGCAAUGAGUUGCUUCUUUGGCGGCGCAGCAUUCUGCUUGGGGACGUCUGCCGCCUUCCAUGCCAUGUCAAACCAUUCCCCAAGAGUUGCUCGGAUGUGGAAUCAACUGGACUAUGCUGGUAUUUCUCUGCUUAUUGCUGGGUCUUUCAUUCCAAGCGUCUACUACGGUUUCUGGUGCAAUCCCGGGAGACAACUGGCAUAUUGGACUAUGGUGCGUGUGGCCUGUACAGUGACAUCGAUCCUUCCUCGGUUUAGAACUCCCGUAUGGCGACCAUACCGAGCCUUAAUGUUCGUUGGCAUGGGCGUAUCGGCAAUAUUUCCCGUCUUCGACGGGUUGAGAACAGUUGGAUGGAAAGGCAUGGAAAAUCAGAUCGGGCUCUCCUGGCUGGUCCUGCAAGGCGCCUUGUACAUAUUGGGUGCUGGGUUGUACGCAGCUCGAAUUCCUGAGGCGUGGUACCCAGGCAAGUUCGACACCUUGGGAAGUUCGCAUCAAAUAUUCCAUGUUCUCAUUGUAUUGGCAGCGGUGUCGCACCUCCGAGGACUUCUGAAGGCAUUCGACUAUCGCCACGGUAUCAUGGAAUCGAUGUGUAUAUGA